AUGAACGAUCAAUCUUCUGCUGUUGAUAUUCCAACUACUAGAACUACUCGCAUUCUUGCAACUACUACUCCUGAUGGCCAUACCAUGCUGAGCUCUACUAUCACGGAUGACCGUGGCCAACCAUUACGUCGUAAUAGUUUGACAUUCACAGAAUCUGGCAUUUCGCCAACUUACUAUACUUCAGGCGGCAAUAUGGUCCAAACAUCUCAUAAAGACGAUGCUCACAAUGUGGGAUCUCCCGUGUACGGCGAUAAUUCUCGCAUUUUCUUUUCUCACAACUCUGCUUGCAGCUGUCUUGGCUCUGGCGUAGGAUGUGAUUGCACAAAAACCUGUUCAUGCUAA